GACAUGCGCAAAGCGCACAAAAUGAGGUCAUAAUCAUGGUGGUGUUGAAACGGUACGGUCGUCUUCUCGUAGUUGUUGUUACAAAAUAGUGAAAUAGUGAUUGAUCGCGUUCAACAUCAAAGAUUAGCUCGUGUGCACCAGCAGCCAAAAUGAUUCUCGCACACGAUUAACAAUAAAAGGAUAUUCUCCUAAACUGUGCGGGUAGUGCGUAUUGCAAACAUUCUGCGCCUUGACGUCGAUUAGCAGGAAACGAGAGGGGAAAAAAAGUUUACGUACGCGCAGAAAAUGAGUUCGACGACAGCAGCAUCGUCGAGUGCGGCCAGCGGUGGCAGUAGUGCAGCGACGAUGGCGAUAAGCCUCAACAACACCAUCCUCAGCACGGCGGCAACAGCCGUCCGCGCCGCUCCGUCCGAGCCCAUCUUUUUGCAGACGAAGACGGCGCAAUGGAUUGCCGGUUGCUUCGUCUGGGCGGCGCUCUUUCUGACAUGCCAGCAGAUUUAUCAUCAUCUGCGGUGGUACACAAAUCCGGCCGAGCAACGUUGGAUAGUUAGGAUUUUAUUCAUCGUUCCCAUUUAUGGUACAUAUUCGUGGAUAAGUUUGCUUUUCUUCAAUUCGGAGAGCUACUAUGUGUACUUCUUCACUGUGCGCGACUGUUAUGAAGCCUUUGUAAUUUAUAACUUCCUGUCGUUAUGCUACGAGUAUCUUGGCGGUGAGGGCAACAUUAUGUCCGAGAUCCGCGGCAAACCAAUCAAAUCCAGCUGCAUUUACGGAACCUGCUGUCUCACUGGAAAGACAUACACUAUCGGGUUUCUGCGUUUUUGUAAACAAGCCACACUGCAAUUCUGUCUGGUGAAACCACUGAUGGCGUUCGUCAUUAUUUUCCUGCAAGCAUUCGGUCAUUAUCAUGAUGGCGAUUGGAGUCCGGAUGGUGGUUACCUGUAUACGACCAUCAUUUACAAUAUUUCUAUAUCGCUGGCGCUUUAUGGCUUAUUCCUGUUCUACUUUGCCACGCGAGAUUUACUGACGCCAUUUGAGCCAGUCCUGAAGUUCUGCACCGUAAAAUCGGUCAUUUUCUUAUCUUUUUGGCAAGGCGUCGGCCUUGCAAUGCUUGAAAAGGCUGAGGUGAUCUCGCCGAUCAUCGAUAGCAACGGCACUAGGACAUCAGCCGGUACCGUCUCAGCCGGCUAUCAGAAUUUCCUUAUUUGCAUCGAAAUGUUUGCGGCGGCCGUCGCCCUGCGCUACGCCUUCCCGCAUCGGGUGUACGUCCAGGGAUGCAUUACGGAUUCACAGGGUAGAUCCGUUACGAUGCAGAGCAUUUCGAGUAGCUUAAAGGAAACAAUGAAUCCUAGAGACAUUAUGACAGACGCCAUUCACAACUUCCAUCCACAAUAUCAGCAGUAUACACAAUACAGUUCGGGUGGGAAGAAUUCGCGCGGGCAGCGAAUAUCUACUUUUGAUCCUGACGACCCGAUGAGUCCCACUGGCGGCGUCGUACCUGCGACAUACAACAGCGUAGACACAUCCAGCAUGACGCCACUUCCGAGCAAAGUGUCCACUAUCUCGCCGGCCAAUUACACGGAGAAGACGAUGCUUCUUAGCUCUGAUGAAGAGAAUUAAUCGAAACGCAUUCACAUUAGCGCAAGCCUACUACGAUUUCAUGACAAAAUUAUAUUAUAUUAACAAAUAUUAACAAUUAACUAAACCCGUAAAUUAUUAUCAAUGCAGUAAUCACCACAAGACUGCCGUGCUAAUUAAUCAACUACUAUAAGUAUAAGUGGAGUGAUGAAAUGCAUGAACAAAAUCUAAAUACGUGUACAUUUACCUCUAUACAAGUUGUUUCAUGUUAUAUUUAUCAUUUUCUUGUUUUAUUGAAAAGAUAUUGACGGAUGCUAUUAGAUCGGCAAAUUAUUUAUCAUAAUUAAUCGAGAAAUAUUUUUCUACAGAUAGUUUAUAUAUUCACACAUUCCAAUCCAUUGUACUGAUGCUUUCUUAUGAUUUCCAUGAUGUUUGUUUGUUAGUUGUACUUAAUUUUGGAGAGACAGGUAUAAUUUUGUUGAAAGCAUACAUAUAUUUGUUAAUUUUUAAAUUGUAAUGAAGUACGUAUUAUCAAAUAUUCCUAUUUUAAUGGUGACGAUGUGAUAGUGUAGUUUAAUUAUGAAUGGAUCAUUGUGCAAUUGUAAAAAUCAAAACGAUAUAUUGUUGUACCUGUAUCAAUUUCAGUUAAAGUAACUACUUGUUGGUUUCCAAUUAAAUUUUGUAUUUUAGCCAAAGAUUAUCGAUAAGUAUUGCAAUCAGUAGAUAUUUUUUUAUAUGAUGUAUGAUUGCUUUAACGUUUAAAUUAAAUAUACAAAUUACCGUUUAUUUCCGUAAAA